AUGCCGGCAGGGGUUGACACGGGCGAGGAGAAGCAGCGGCAGGAGCUGGCGAUCAUCAGGCGCUCUGGCGAGGGCGAUGGCGGGCCUGGGGAGGCUGUGUAUGGGACGGACGAGACUUUGAUCGGUGGUGUUGGUGUUGUCGCAAAGUCGAUGCAGGCGCCCAGUCGCGAAGAGCACGAGCCGGCCAAUGCCGUCUUCGUCGCCUCCAGCGCCAAAGUCCCCUGGUGCCUUGCAGCUCCUUGGGCGCAAGACGGGCGUCUACGGGUCUCCAGUACUUCGGCCGUCUUUCUAGAGCCCAUCAGCCUUGCAAAGAGCCUUGACCAAAACGAGCACCAAGGAGAAGGGAUUGAUAUACCAAAAGAUGGGAACUAG